AAUCUAACACACAACUUUAACCUAAAUUCUCUUUCUCUCUCUCUCACACAACUCUGCGCUCAGAAACUCUCUUUAUCUGACACAAACCGCACCCUCAAACUCUCUUUCUCUCACAAAACUCAAAUCGUACCCCUCUCAAACUCUAUAUUUCUCUACCGAUUGUUCACCUCAAACUUUCUACACGAUGAAUUUUAUUUGUCUCUGUCUCGAGUCUCGACCUUUCUUCACGAUUUUGAUCGAUAAAAAAAUCAGUGUUUUUGACAUCAUCCAGUUGCCUCAUAGCUAGGAACUUACUCUCUGGUUUGAAGAUUUGCAUGGAAAUAUCUAGUUACAUGCACGAUGGAGGAGUGUCAAUGCCCUACAGGUCUAUUAUUGCAGCUAGUUCAAUCAUGAAUGACAGCGGAAAAAUUGACAGAAUCUGUGGGGAUGGUACAUUGGGGGAGCCACCACGUCCUGGGCAAAGUCAAUGCGAAAAUAUGAGACUUCUUUUAAGGCAACAACAAAGGAUUAUCUUGGGGAGGUCUGAUGUUGCAGGAUGGGCAGCCUUCGUAAAGAAUCCUGUUAACAAAAAUGACUACCUAGGAGAGUACAUGGGUGAGCUGAUCUUGCACAGAGAAGCUGAUAAGCGUGGGAAAAUAUAUGAUCUAGCGAAUUCAUCUUUUCUUUUAAUUUGAAUGAACAGGUAUGUGUCUCACAUUAUCUGCAAUUAAUUUAACUUGAGCUGCUCUGGGUUCCUAGUUGACUUGAGUUCCUUGUAUUUUAUGAGUGUGAUCAUACAGUGUUUUCUGUAUUUCCGUUAGGUUUUAUCAGUCUAGUCCCCUCACGUUUCUUUCUUGGCAAGCUAUAACAUAUUUGGAUCAUUUAGAACUUGAAUCUGAUUUCUGUUUCUUCACCAAUAUGUUCUUGAUGCUUAUCGGAAAGGAGACAAGUUGAAAUUUGCAAACCACUCAUCAAAUCCCAAUUGCUAUGCAUAGGUGAGUCCAGAAAAUAAGGUUGUGGGGAGGUUUAAAACUUAGGAUCCAUUUACUUUGUGCAAGCAUUUUCUAUUUUUAUUUCCUUAAAUUUGUGUUAGUUUUACUUGUUAACAAGGAGAAAAUAAACUUGUAAAGUGAGUCAUUGUGAUGGAUGAGAAAAUAAAAUGCUAGCUAAAGAUGAUGCAUUUCAGGAAAUAAUUAAAAUAGUUAUUGACAUUUUCCUUGUUUCUGGAAAUGCAAGUCCCACUUCAAGAGUCUCUUUUCUCAUCGAUAAUAAGUAAUGAUGCUAACACAAAUUUGGGAAAGCAAGAACCUGAGUUGUUUGGACUUGGUGCAAGAGAAAAUUGGUGAAGAGUGAUAUAGCUACUACUGACUAACUAUAAACCGAUGGGAACAAGAAAAGUAAGAUCAUACAUACCCUUUGUUCAAAUCGGUAAAGAUCCUCUUCCAUAUAUCAAUAAUGUGUCUAGGGUAGGAGAGUAAAAUGGGUCUCCCACCAUGGGUGACUUCAUCCAUGACAAUUUCACCUCAGAGUCAUCUCCAAAACACUAUUUUGAACCACCCCACCAAAACAUAGCUUACCAUCAUUUGUAGAAAACAGUACAAAAUUAUCUUCCAAUUAAGAUAAAAUCUCUCAAUCUAUAAAAUACAAACAAGGUUUACAAUUGAAUUAUCAGUAGUGAUUAAAAGAACAAUCACAAAGAUCUUCAAUUCCAAUUAAUGCUAUCAAUGAUAUUGCAAAUGAAAAAUUGCAGGAUUGACUGUCCACAAGAGAAACUUGCAACAACUCUGAGAAUAAAAUUAAGAAAUUGAUUUGGGAAAAAUAAUUUAAUUAGGGCUUAAAGUUUUAUUGAAAUGUAGAUCAACUUUGGUUUUUAAUUGAUUUGGGAAAAAUAAUAACAAUAAUGACAGGGGAGACUUAGAGAUGUUGGUGAAGGUUUAGAGAGGUGGGAAUUUGACAUAUAAAAUCUUUUAGAUUAAAAGAGAUGUUUAUUUUGGAGCAAUUACAUUUAAAAUAAUGGUUACUAUGAAUUAGUUUAGAAAAUUGGUGUUUUAUUAGUAAUGGGAUUGAUGGUAGAAUUACUGGCAAAUUGCAGAAACAGGGGAGAAGAUGCAACUAGAUGAAAGACAUAAUGUGAGGAAAAAAUAUUUAACAUAAUGAGAGACCUAUCUCCCUCUCCCAGCCUAGAAUGAGCCUAUUAGUAAUAAAUACUAUAAUGUACAGUUUUUUUUUUGUGGUAAAAAUAUUUAACAUAAUUGUGUAACAUAAUGCUGAUACACGGGUAUAAAUAUUACUAUUAUGGUGUAACAUAAUGUAAAAUAUAUGAUAAAAUGAUGUAACUUUAUGAUGUAUUCCCUUCUGCAUUUUUUUAAGCUAAAAUUUCAUUUUGCACA